AUGCUUAACACUAGGGCAGGUCAUGGCAUAAAAUUAGAUCUAAAAUCGCUCGCUUAUAAAGCUAAGUUUAUCAUUUAUGAAACGGAAAAUUACCAAGUUCCUCCAGCAGAUCAUACUACUACUCCGUUAUUCGAGAGUGCUGGAUUGAUGGAAGUUCCCCCGAAAGAAAUAAUUUCACGAACAAAUUCUAUAUUGAUACAGAUAAAAAUAAUGCAGCCGGAAUUGUUUCCGGCUACAGCACAUAGCAAAUUCUUAUUUGAAGCUCAGUUCAGCCGCACUGACAGCCAUUGCCGAUGUAAAGGUGAAGUACAGCCAUUGGAAUUUUCAUCAGCAGGAACGUUUUCAUUCAAUUCAGUCGUGGGCUGUGGCUUUCUAGACUGCUUUUUUCAGUUUAAUCGUCCUGUAACGUUUCGAACCAGCACUAACUCAAAGUGGAACGGAGGUGGUAACGAACGAUACACCAAUGAUGAUUUGGUAUCACUUGGCAUUCGAUAUCAACAAAAAUACUGCUCAAAUCAACAUAGUUCAGUAUGUGAAUGUGGCUGUUUGGAACUGAAGGCAAAGAAAGGUUUGUGGAAGCAGCUCACAUCACCCGACUAUCCCAAUCAUUACUGUAAAUUGAUGAAAUGCAAAUACUUGAUAACCGCACCACAAGGAUGCAUUGUUGUUGCAAAUAUCACUGAAUUAGCUUUAGAGCCUAACGAAGAUGUGUUGGCUAUUUUUGAUGUACCAGUGGAGUUGAAAUUUUCACAGAUUUAUUACGAAGUACCGCCGAGACGAUGA